UUCGGCAAAAAAAUACCUAGAGUAUCGUAAACAUCGUUUCGCUCGUCAAAAAACGCAGAAAAUGUGGAAAAUAAUUGUUAAACUGUGCUAAAAAGUGUGUGCGAAUGUGCGGGGACAGUGUCUGCUAAUGAAAUAACAUCGAAUUUGCAUCGUGCAAUUGCCAAAAAAGUGUGAAAAUUGAGAGCAGAAAACCUGAUUUCUGUGAAGAAGAAGCAGGCAUUUUUCAUCGUCGUAAAAUCCGUACAUACAGACACUCGCACACACACGCGUUCACCCAGCCAACGAUAUAUGUAUAUACGAAACGCGCGGGCGCGAGAGAGAGAGAGAAAUAACAAGAGAGCGGUCCGUUUUGGUGUAUGUGUGUGCGUUUGUUUUGUGCGACAAAAAGGGAGAGAGAGCGGCGAAUGUGAGAGUCAAAGCAAAAACCAAGAAAUAAGUGAACGAAAAUAAAAACGAAAAUCGCAAUCUCCACCCCUGUAUUUUGUGUUUACUAGUGUUUUGUGCGUGUGCAUGUGUAUGUUUCUGUGCCGAUUUUGUUGUGGAAAAGUCCCAUUUUUGGAUUAUUUGUGCACUAAAGAUGAUGCCAAAUGGUAAUAUCAACCCCUGAAACGGAAUCGAAUCUCAAUCCCCAUCUGGAUAUUCGCUCAGCAGAAAGAUUUUCAAGACACGCAGAUUGCAGACUUUUGUGAGCCAGUGUGCGUUAGUGAAGAGGAAGUGUGGUGGAAUGGGAAGAUGGCAAUGAUGUAGACCGAGGAUAUAUAGAGAUGAUGAUGGGGAUAAUGAUGGUAAUGAUAAUGAGCACCAUGUGGCCGCCAACACAAACCAGCAUCAGCAGCAACAACUACAAAAGCAACAAGCAAAUCAACAACAACAACAGCGGCAGUUACAGAUGAGAAAAGUUGCCGCGAAAGUACAGCAAUGUGGAAAACUGUGAAUUCGUCGAGCAGAAACUCCCAACGCAGAAAAACUAAACGCGCAAAAAGAAGAAUUUUCAUCAGGCCAUAAAAGCGAGAACAAAGAGAAAAACUGUCGUAAAAAAGAGGCAGCAGCAGGGAAAACCCACCACUUAAUAGUGGCCCACAACAGCAAGAACAACAACAACAACAGCAACUGUAAGAAUUUCAAUUUCCAGCAAACAAAAAAAAUUCGAGAGAAAAAACAAAGGCAGCAACAACAAAAGCCAAAACGAGAAAAUCCUGCAAAGAAAAAAAAAACAAAAGAAAAGAAAAAGUUCAAGUCUGAAGUAGAAAAACCACUUAAAACGUCGAUGACAACAAACCCGCGGGAGGGAGGGAGAAAGGUAGUUGCAGUGAGAAAGAGCACGGGAGUGAAGUUGGCGUGAGAGAGCAUUUCUUAAAAAGGAGUCUGCGAGAGAGCAAGAGAGAGAGCUCGUGCUACGUGCUACGUGCCAAAGGAAUGAGUUUAAGGAGCCACAACGCAGCAGUUGUUUUGCUUCAAUUUUUUUUUGUUUUUUCGUUAACUGCACACAUUUAGUGGUGGCAAAGCGUGCAAGGGUGGAGGUAAGCCAGUGUUGACAUCGAGAUGGCUUUUUCCUCAGAUCUAGACAAAUAUUUUUAGAUUUUUAUCCAGAAAUAAUGGAACUUCAUGUCCUAAAAUAAAAUCUGUUGCAUACUUAAUAGAGCUUGCAGGUCAUUUAUAAAAAUCUAACUUUGUUUAAACUAUUUUUUUUUAUAAUAUUUAAAGUUAGCGCUUCUAUGUAAUAAUGGAAUAUAAAUCCCUAUUAAUUUAUAUAAAAAGUUAAUAGUGUCAGCACUGGUUUUGGUGUGAGUGUAUUAGUGGUCACGCAAGACGUGAGACAGCGGCAGAAGGAGCGGAACAAAGGCAGCUGCAAUUGCACCUUUAGCUCGCUCCUUGCCCAGGAGCAGGAGAGAGCGGGCCAAGGUGCAGAAGAGAGUCGUGCCGGAGAGAGUGCACUCAAAACAAAUUAUUGUUCAAAGAUUUAUAAAUAAACAUUAAAAAUAUGUGAGUUUUUAAGUUGAGCAGAUUUUAAAAUUGAUUGACAUUUAUUUUGUUUAAAGAAAAUGUUAUUCUUUUUUAAAGGAACUACCUAUUAUUAAAGUGUAAAAUCUUUAUAAACGGGGUCUAUAGCAACCUUAAGUGCAUUAUUAUUUUUUUUUGUUAGUGUAAGGAGCGACUGAGAGAGCAUUUGAGCGCGUUCGGGCGCAAGAGCGCCAUAAAAGCCGAGGCUGUCGAGCGGCUACGUCACCUUCGGCUUUGUAGUUGUAAUUCGUAAAGCAAGGAGCGCGCAACGAGAAACGCGCGCGAAAAAUAAAUAAAUAAAUAAAUAGCCAAGAAAAAAGAGUGUGUGCAAAAAGGAGUGAGUGAGUGGGCAGUGAAGGGGGUGUGAGGCAGGAGUGCAAAAUAAACGAGUUGCCACAGCAACAACAACGAGAUUCGCAAAAAAAGGGGGAAAAAUUGACGCAUUCCAAACGCGAGAUUCGGCUUACAAGCAUUGUUUUUUCCCGAGCUGUGUUGUUGCUGUUGUUGUUUUUAGUAGUUUAUUUUUUCCUUUUACUAAUACCGGUCUUUUAAGUCGGUCUCUCUUACUUGAAGUUUGUGCCUCUCUCUUAUCCACAGUGAGCUAUCCACAAGUCCAAGAAAUCAAACAAAUCGAAGAAAUCAAAGAAAACCAUCAGCAAAUCCCAACGUGAAUCGAACAAAAAAUAAGGAAAACCCAAUCAAAAGGCAGGCAAAUGCAAAUGCAAAUGCAAAGGCAAAAGCAAAUACACUACUAUUAUGGGCCGCUCCAAGUUUCCCGGCAAACCCUCCAAGUCGAUUAACCGUAAGCGGAUCAGUGUCCUGCAGUUGGAGGAUGAGGCGGCCAAUCCGGCCAAUCCGGCCGACGCGCAGCAGCCGCCGCCGGAAUCCCAGCAGCCAAGUGGUUCCGGAUCCGGUUCGCCGUCUGCCCGGGAAAAGGGCAACAAUUGUGAUAACGAUGAGGAUGAUAAUGCGCCGGGUGGUGCCUCAAUUAGUGGCAAUACGGCAUCCUCAUCCGCCGGCGCUUCGAGUUCCGAAAAUAGCGGUAAUGGCAGCAGUUCCGGUUCGGGAUCGGGAUCAUCCGGUUCAGGCUCCACCAAUGGCGGUGGUGUAAAUGGUGGCACCCAUCACAAAAGUGCGACUAAUUUGGAUAAGGAGGUUGUGACAAAGGAUCACAAUGUUGACAGUGAUAAAACGAGAGGAAAUGCCGCAAGGUCAGGAGCAUUGUCCACUGAGGCUUCAACCUCGGGGACAUUUUCUGUCAAAUCAUCUGCAGCAGGUUUCGGAAAAUCUUCUGGAAAGUCAUCUAGAACAUCCUCAUCUGCGUUUUCUGGAACAUCCUCAGGACGCUCUUCUGGCUCAUCGCCAGAAGUUAAUUCUGGAGCAUCCUCCGAUGGAGCAUCUUCCGGAAUAUCCUGUGGAAAAGCAAGGUCCUCUGAAAUAUCAAGUUCUGCAGGAACAGGAACAUCCUCUAGUAAAUUGGCAAAAUCAGCUGCCACUGGGAUAUGCUCUGCUGGAAAACUAUCCAAAGCAUCUUCUGGGACAACUUCUGAGGCAAUAACCUCUGGUCUGUCCAGUGCAGCAUCCCUUAAAGCUCUAUCCGUGGCGACACCGGUUGCAUCAACGGGAUUGGCUUGCGUCCUGGUCUCCCCAGGAGGAUCAUCGCCAGGAGGAGCCUUUGCUAUAAGUGCAGCUUUGCUGAGAGCUCGUAAAAAUAGCAAUAAAAAAUUUAAGAAUCUGAAUUUGGCCAGGGGCGAAGUUAUGCGGCCCUCAACAUCCAAGCUGAAGCAACUCAAUAUUCCGGUGGUGGAAAACCUCUCCUCCUCCACGCUCAAUGCAUCAGACUCCUCGCCUUCAACUGAGGGAAUAGCAGGAGAAGGGGGUGAGGUCAGUUCGGGUGAAGAUGCGGCCCUGAAGCGCGUCUUGAGCGAAAUGCCCAAUGAUGUUGCCCCUGAAGCCCCUCCAUCUAGCUGCAUUACAGCGACGAAUGGAGUGGCAUCGGGAAAAGGAACUUCAUCCAAUGGAGCACCAGCAGUGGCACCUUCUGUGGGGGGCAGUAGUCCUAAAUCUGGAUCAGAUGCAGGAUCAUCGACGACAUCAACGACAGCAAAGCAAAAGAAAACUGUGACUUUUAGGAAUGUGCUGGAGACAAGCGAUGAUAAGUCGGUGGUGAAGCGGUUCUAUAAUCCGGAUAUCCGCAUUCCAAUCGUCUCGAUUAUGAAGAAGGAUUCCCUCAACCGACCACUGAACUACUCCAGAGGAGGUGAAUGCAUUGUGCGACCCUCCAUCCUGUCAAAGAUACUCAACAAGAACUCCAACAUCGAUAAGCUCAAUUCGCUAAAAUUUCGAUCGGCGUCGGCGAGCUCAUCUUCCGCAAACCAGGAAUCUGAAUCCACUCCGAAUGUAUUUGGUUUAUCGCGCGCUUUUGGUGCUCCCAUGGAUGAAGAGGACGAGGGAGGUGUAACCUUUCGACGGAAUGAUUCUCCUGACCAUCAAAACAACGAGGAGGAUGAUGAAAUGGAAGAGGAUGAAGACGAAGAUCUUGAUGAGGAGGAGGAAAAUGAGGAUGACAAUGAUGAAGUCGCUUCCGAAAAGAGUGCAGAUACAGAGAAAAGUGCUGGAGCCGAAGAGCGGGAUCCAGAAGAGAGGCAACUCGUUAUGGAUUCCCAUUUCGUUCUGCCCAAAAGGAGCACCCGAUCCUCAAGAAUCAUCAAGCCCAACAAGAGAUUGCUCGAGGAGGGUGGCAUCAGCACCAAAAAGCUUCCAAGCCUUGGCGAUUCCAAAACCAAGAACGUCUUUGGAACAGCUUCUUCGAGUGCAGUUUCCACUCCAUCGACCUCUUCUGCGUCUUCAAGUCUGAAGCUCGCCAAGGAGAGUUUCUCUAGCUUUGGCAGCGUGAAAUCAAAUAGCAGUGCGGGUGGAAGCUUUGUUCUAAGGCAGCCCCGACUGCAAUUCCAGGUGGACAACAAGCCGGGACCGUUUACUGCUGUCAAAGCCUGCCCAACAUCGCCGAGUGCCAUUCCGACGCCAGCUAAUUCCCUGUCGGGUUCGACUUUUGGAACGUUAUCCACUCCCAGCGCCAGUUUAACAAUAGGAACAUCUACUCCCAGUGCCUGCUCCGUGUGCUCCGCGGCGGUAAGCAGUAAAGAGGUAACCCAGACCCGUAAAUAUGGUGUCGUAGCCUGCGAUGUAUGCAGGAAGUUCAUCUCUAAGAUGACCAAGAAAUCUAUAUCGGCCAGUUCAAGUAAUGCCACUACUUCCUCCGGCAUUCAACAGCAAUUACAGUGCAAGGGAAGCGAAGGAUCAACCUGCAGCAUUCAUUCGACGAAAAGCCAGUUGAAAAACUUCAAGAAGUUCUACAAAGAUAGAUGCACGGCUUGUUGGCUGAAGAAGUGCAUGAUCUCGUUUCAGCUGCCGGCAGCACAUAGAAGCAGAUUGGGCUCCAUUUUGCCACCGGGAAUGCGAGGAGAAGCAUCUCUUCGAGAGGAUAAAUCCACGGAACAGCUUUCUCCAACUGGCAGCCUGAGAUUUACGUCCUCUACAUCAUCGAAUUCCACAUCUGUGGUUGCUUCUACGUCUGUAAAGUGGAAAGCCAGUAAUGAUAACACUUCUACUUUGGGCUCUAUUAAGUCCAAUCCACUGGCGGAGAACAAUGUCACAUUUGGUAGUACGCCUCUACUACGCCCAGCGAUUUUGGAGAAACCCCUCUUCCUGAAGAUAAACAAUGCAGCGGACCAGAAGCUAACACCUUCCGAAGCAAUAAGUCCCAGCCUGUUACGGAAGGCGAGUAAGCAGGAAAAGGAUAAGGUCAAGGAACAAGAGCAGAGCGAAAAGCCUCUCAGUCCUACUUUGGCAGUCACCAAGAAAGCUGCAGCAGUGGAAACUCCAGUUGUAGAAGCUCAGGCUCAAAAGGAGGAAUCGCCACAAACCUCUACAGCAACCCCACCUGCUGCUUCAAAUGGAGCUUCUCAAGGAGCUGCUCAACCAGAAUCUAAUGGAGAAACUACAGCUACAGGAGAGACUCUAAAACGGCAAAGGAUUGAUCUAAAGGGACCUCGAGUGAAGCAUGUGUGCCGCAGUGCUUCCAUUGUCCUCGGACAACCUUUGGCCACUUUUGGUGAGGACCAGCAAGCCGAUGGAGAGACCGAAGGACAGCAGGAAAGUGCUGCUUCGGUGUCACCAGCAAGUACACAGCCUGGCGCAGAAAAACCACCUCAAAUUGUUACGGAUGAGAAUGAUAACUGUGCUGGCUGUAAAACGACUGCUGUUGAUGAAGAAACGAAGCCCAGUAAGUCUUCUGGUAGUACUCAAGCAGAUGUGAAGAAGGUAACAGCUGGUGGAAAGGAAGGAUCUGUAGCUGCAGCUGGAGGAUCAGGAACUUCAGUAACUGCGCCUGCAAAGGUCACAACUAGAAACGCAGCGGUUAGUUCCAACCUAAUAGUAGCGGCUAGCAAAAAGCAGCGAAAUGGAGACAUCGUUACCUCUAGUUUGGUCACUCAGUCCUCCAAUCAAACCCUGGGACGCAAAGCCAAGGAACAGCGACAGCAACGUACGCUUAUAUCUAUUGAUUUCUGGGAGAAUUAUGAUCCUGCUGAAGUUUGCCAAACGGGCUUUGGGUUGAUUGUAACUGAAACUGUAGCUCAGAGGGCACUGUGUUUCCUAUGCGGUUCAACGGGCUUGGAUCCGCUGAUCUUCUGCGCCUGCUGUUGUGAACCCUAUCAUCAGUACUGUGUUCAGGAUGAGUACAACUUGAAACAUGGCUCUUUUGAGGAUACCACGCUAAUGGGAAGCUUACUGGAAACAACGGUGAAUGCAUCUACUGGACCAUCGUCAUCUUCCCUAAAUCAACUGACACAGCGUCUGAAUUGGCUGUGUCCACGCUGCACCGUUUGCUACACCUGCAAUAUGUCAUCAGGAUCCAAAGUCAAGUGCCAGAAGUGUCAAAAGAACUAUCACAGCACUUGCUUGGGUACAAGCAAGAGACUUUUGGGAGCAGAUCGUCCAUUAAUAUGUGUCAAUUGCUUGAAAUGCAAGUCCUGCUCUACCACAAAAGUAUCGAAAUUUGUGGGAAACUUACCGAUGUGUACUGGUUGCUUUAAGCUGCGUAAGAAGGGCAACUUUUGUCCAAUAUGCCAGAGAUGCUAUGAUGACAAUGACUUUGAUCUGAAAAUGAUGGAGUGCGGGGAUUGUAGCCAGUGGGUACAUUCGAAGUGCGAGGGUCUAAGCGAUGAGCAAUACAAUUUGCUUAGCACCUUACCGGAAUCAAUCGAGUUUAUCUGCAAGAAAUGUGCGCGACGGAGCGAAAGUUCCAGAAUAAAAGCUGAGGAAUGGAGGCAGGCGGUCAUGGAGGAGUUCAAAGCAAGUCUCUACAGUGUUUUAAAGCUUCUCAGCAAAUCUCGACAAGCCUGUGCACUUCUUAAACUGAGUCCCCGCAAGAAACUUAGGUGCACCUGUGGAGCUGCCUCGAACCAAGGCAAACUCCAACCAAAAGCACUUCAAUUUAGUGGGUCUGAUAAUGGUUUGGGCAGCGACGGCGAGUCCCAAAACAGCGACGAUGUUUACGAGUUCAAGGACCAGCAACAACAACAACAACGUAAUGUUAAUAUGAAUAAGUCACGAGUAAAGUCCCUGCCCUGUUCCUGUCAACAGCACAUCAGUCAUACGCAGUCCUUUAGCCUGGUGGAUAUUAAGCAGAAGAUUGCUGGCAACUCAUAUGUUUCCCUGGCGGAAUUCAAUUAUGAUAUGAGCCAGGUCAUUCAACAAAGCCAUUGCGAUGAACUGGACAUUGCCUACAAGGAGCUCUUGAGUGAGCAGUUUCCCUGGUUCCAAAACGAAACAAAAGCCUGUACGGAUGCCUUGGAGGAGGAUAUGUUUGAGUCGUGUGCGGGAUCCAACUACGAAGAUUUGCAAGAUGCUGGAGGAGCAAGUGCCUCUGUUUAUAACGAACACUCCACUUCACAGGCAGAGUCGCGCUCUGGAGUUCUGGAUAUUCCCCUGGAGGAAGUGGAUGACUUCGGUAGCUGUGGCAUAAAGAUGCGAUUAGAUACCAGAGUAUGUCUUUUCUGUAGGAAAAGCGGCGAAGGAUUGUCCGGAGAGGAAGCACGACUCCUGUACUGCGGUCAUGAUUGCUGGGUUCACACCAACUGUGCCAUGUGGUCAGCGGAAGUAUUUGAGGAGAUUGAUGGUUCGCUGCAAAAUGUUCACAGUGCGGUGGCAAGGGGAAGGAUGAUCAAGUGCACGGUGUGUGGAAAUCGAGGAGCUACUGUUGGAUGCAAUGUGCGUUCCUGUGGUGAGCACUAUCACUAUCCAUGUGCUAGAAGCAUCGACUGCGCCUUUCUCACAGAUAAAUCCAUGUAUUGUCCUACCCAUGCCAAGAAUGGAAAUGCUUUGAAGGCCAAUGGCUCUCCAAGUGUGACAUAUGAAUCCAACUUUGAAGUAUCCCGACCUGUGUACGUGGAACUCGACAGAAAGCGAAAGAAGCUAAUUGAACCAGCCCGUGUCCAAUUUCAUAUUGGAUCAUUGGAGGUUCGGCAGUUGGGAACCAUUAUUCCCAGAUUUUCGGAUUCAUACGAGGCAGUGGUACCCAUUAAUUUCUUGUGCAGUCGUCUGUAUUGGUCAUCGAAAGAGCCCUGGAAAAUAGUGGAGUACACAGUACGCACCACCAUUCAAAACAGCUUGUCUACCUUAACAGCCCUGGAUGUCGGCAGGAACUAUACAGUGGAUCACACCAAUCCAAAUAGCAAGGAAGUUCAAUUGGGUAUGGCACAAAUCGCCAGAUGGCACACGAGUUUAGCUAGAAGUGAUUAUUUGGAAAACGGUGGAGGAGAUUGGAACGCGGAGUUCCCAAAUCCAAACUCUUGUGUACCACCGGAUGAAAAUACGGAAGAGGAACCACAACAACAGGCUGAUUUGCUUCCACCUGAACUUAAGGAUGCCAUAUUUGAGGAUCUUCCGCAUGAACUACUUGAUGGCAUCUCCAUGCUGGACAUAUUCAUGUAUGAGGAUUUAGCGGAUAAGACGGACUUGUUUGCCAUUAGUGAACAAUCCAAAGAUGGUACUCAGGCAAUGACUACCAAUCAGACUCAAAAUCAAAAUCAACAAGCAGGAGGAGCUGCUUCUGUGAGCAUCUGUGAUGAGGACACCCGAAAUUCGAAUACAAGUUUGGGAAAUGGCUGGCCAGCUAGCAAUCCUGUGGAAGACGCGAUGCUAUCCGCAGCCCGAAACUCCAGUCAAGUGCAGAUGCUCAAAACUCUAGCCUGGCCAAAGCUAGAUGGGAAUAGCGCAAUGGCGACGGCUAUUAAGAGGCGGAAACUAUCGAAGAACUUGGCUGAAGGAGUGCUAUUAACCUUGAGUAGUCAGCAACGAAGCAAGAAGGAAAUGGCUACGGUAGCAGGCGUUUCCAGAAGGCAAUCCAUCAGUGAAGCAUCUGCCGAAGGAGUAGCCACCACAUCUGGAUCGGUGAGGAGCAAGAGUUUCACAUGGAGUGCAGCAAAGCGUUAUUUCGAAAAAAGCGAAGGACGUGAAGAGCCCAGCAAGAUGAGAAUAAUGCAAAUGGACGGUGUGGACGACUCAAUCACCGAAUUUCGUAUAAUUGCUGGAGAUGGGAAUCUCUCAACAGCUCAGUUCAGCGGUCAGGUUAAAUGUGAUAGGUGUCAGUGCACUUACAGGAAUUACGAUGCCUUCCAACGGCAUUUACCAUCUUGUGGACCGACAAUAACCACCAAUGAAACUGAAUCUGAUGUCAAUGCAGCAGGAAGCUCUAGUAAUCCCGCCCAGCUAAGUGCGGAAAGCUUGAAUGAGCUGCAAAAGCAACUUUUGGCGAAUGCAGGUGGCUUAAAUUACCUUCAAACAGCAACUUCGUUUCCUCAAGUGCAAAGUUUGGGCUCCCUUGGGCAGUUUGGUUUGCAGGGAUUGCAGCAACUUCAACUGCAGCCACAGUCCCUGGGCAAUGGAUUCUUCCUAUCUCAACCGAAUCCCACUACCCAAGCCAACACAGAUGAUUUGCAAAUCUAUGCGAAUUCACUGCAAAGUUUGGCUGCCAAUCUGGGUGGAGGUUUCACGUUAGCUCAACCUACGGUUACAGCUCCAGCGCAACCCCAAUUAAUAGCUGUUUCCACUAAUCCCGAUGGCACUCAGCAGUUUAUUCAAAUCCCCCAGACGAUGCAGGCCACUACAACGCCAACAGCCACUUAUCAGACCUUGCAAGCCACCAAUACGGAUAAGAAGAUAAUGCUUCCGUUGACAACAGCUGGAAAACCCUUGAAGACUGUCGCAACCAAGGCGGCUCAACAGGCCGCGGUCAAGCAGAGGCAGCUGAAAUCCGGUCACCAGGUGAAGCCCAUUCAGGCGAAGUUACAACCGCAUCCCCAGCAGCAGCAACAAACUCAGGUGCAACAACCAAUCACUGUCAUGGGACAGAAUCUCCUCCAGCCCCAACUGUUGUUCCAGAGCAGCGCUCAGUCGCAGGCACCACAGCUAAUCCUGCCACAGGCCCAGCCCCAGAAUAUAAUUUCGUUUGUGACUGGAGACGGAAGUCAAGGACAGCCACUACAGUACAUCUCCAUACCCACAGCAUCGGAAUAUAAGCCGCAGCCACAGCCUACGGCGGCACCAACGUUCCUGACAACAGCUCCCGGCGGAGGUGCUACCUAUCUGCAAACGGAUGCGAGUGGCAAUCUAGUUCUCACUACUGCACCUACCAAUUCUGGACUACAGAUGCUCACGGCGCAAUCUCUUCAAGCUCAACCUCAAGUCAUAGGAACGCUCAUCCAGCCACAGACCAUUCAAUUGGGAGGAGCAGCAGAUGCCACCCAGGCAGCCAGCAAUCAACAACCCUUAAUUUUGGGUGGAACUGGAGCAGGUGCCACUGGUCUGGAGUUUGCCACCACCACGCCACAGGUCAUCCUGGCAACCCAACCGAUGUACUACGGGCUGGAGACGAUUGUCCAGAACACGGUCAUGUCGUCACAGCAAUUCGUGUCCACUGCAAUGCCCGGAAUGCUCAGUCAGAAUGCCAGCUUCUCUGCCACUACAACACAGGUUUUUCAGGCCAGUAAAAUCGAACCGAUUGUGGAUCUUCCCGCUGGCUAUGUGGUGCUCAAUAAUUCGGGAGAUGCAGCUAGUACGGGCACAUUCCUGAACGCAGCUAGUGUGCUGCAACAGCAAUCGCAGGAUGACGCGACCACGCAGCUACUGCAGAAUGCCAACUUCCAGUUCCAAACUGUGCCGACAUCUUCUGGGCCCUCGAGUUCUAUGGAGUACGCCACACCCGUUAUGGUCACAGCUAAGAUUCCGCCAGUUACUCAGAUUAAGAGAACGAAUGCUCAAGCCAAGGCUGCCGGCAUAUCAGGAGUGGGCAAAGUGCCACCUCAACCGCAGGUGGUCAACAAGGUACUGCCCACCAGCAUAGUCAGUCAGCAGGCUCAAGUGCAGCUAAAGAACGCCAAUCUCAAACAAUCUCAGGUUAAGGGCAAAGCUGCAUCGGGAACAGGAACGAAUUGUGGAGCACCACCUAGUAUUGCUUCGAAGCCUUUUCAGAAGAAAACAAAUAUGAUUCGACCCAUUCACAAGCUGGAAGUGAAGCCCAAAGUAAUGAAGCCUACGCCAAAGGUGCAACAUCAAAAUCAAACCAUAUUGCAGCAUCAACAACAGACGCAGCCACAGUUACAGCAGCAAAUUCCAGCCGUGGUGGUCAGUCAAGUACCGAAGGUUACGAUCUCACAACAGCGAAUCCCAGCGCAGCCGCAGCAACAGCAACUUCAGCAGACGCAGUUGGUCCAUAUUCCUCAGCCACAGCAGCAACAACCGCAACUGCAGCAGCAACAGGUGCAGGUGCAGCCUUCGAUGCCCAUUUUAACCCUGGCCGAAACGCCUGUACUCCAACCUCAGUUUGUUAUGGAACCUCAAGUGUUGGAACAGCAGGAGAUGGCGAAUCGAGUACAGCAUUUCUCCACGAGUAGCAGCAGUAGUAGCAACUGCUCGCUGCCCACCAAUGUGGUAAAUCCGAUGCAACAACAAGCUCCACCAACCACCAGCAGCUCCACAACGAGGCCAACAAAUCGAGUGCUACCAAUGCAGCAGCGGCAGGAGCCUGCUCCCAUGCCCAACGAGUGCCCAGUGGUUCCGUCACCCACGCCUCCGAAACCUGUUGAACAGCCGAUAAUGCAGCAAAUUACCAGCGCGAGCGUCUCGAAGUGUUACGCCCAUAAGACAGCAUUGCCAUCUCCCAUUUACGAGGCGGAACUUAAGACUAGUUCGGUUUUGGAGAGCAUUGUACCUGCUGUCACGAUGGAGGAAAUCAUGGAGGAACAGCCGGCCACGGAGUCAAUCUACACGGAGGGACUGUACGAAAAGCACUCGCCGGCAGAGGCAAAGACCGAGCAGCUCAUACUCCAGCAGCAGCAACGUGAGCAACUGAGUCAGCAGUUGGCCAACAACGGUUAUCUCCUCGAAAAGCAUGCCUUCCAAGUGGAACCCAUGGAUACUGACCCUUACAGGGAGGACGAUCUUGAAGAUGAAGAGGACGAGGAUGAUGAUUUCAGUCUAAAGAUGGCAACAUCGGCGUGUAAUGAUCACGAGAUGUCCGACAGCGAAGAGCCGGCGGUUAAGGAUAAGAUCAGUAAGAUUUUGGACAACCUAACCAACGACGAUUGUGCGGAUUCCAUAGCCACGGCGACGACAAUGGAAGUGGAAGCCAGCGCUGGCUACCAGCAAAUGGUGGAAGAUGUUCUGGCCACCACCGCAGCGGCAUCUGCUCCCCCGGAGGAGUUCGAAGGCACUCUGGAAACGGCAGCCGUAGAAGCGGCUGCCACCUACAUCAAUGAAAUGGCCGAUGCCCAUGUACUGGAGCUCAAACAGUUGCAAAAUGGAGUGGAAUUGGAGCUCAGGAGAAGAAAGGAAGAGCAACGGACUGUGCCACAGGAACAGGAAUCAAAGACUGCUAUCGUGCCAACAGCUGCUGCUCCAGAACCACCACCACCCAGUCAGGAGCCCAAAAAAAUCAGUGGCCCCCAUUUGCUGUAUGAAAUUCAGAGCGAAGAUGGCUUCACGUACAAAUCGAGUUCAAUAUCGGAGAUCUGGGAGAAGGUCUUUGAGGCGGUACAGGUUGCCAGAAGAGCUCAUGGACUCACUCCUCUGCCAGAGGGUCCUCUAGCCGAUAUGGGUGGCAUCCAGAUGAUUGGUCUUAAAACGAAUGCUCUGAAGUAUCUAAUUGAACAGUUACCAGGCGUGGAAAAGUGCUCGAAGUAUACUCCCAAGUAUCACAAGCGAAAUGGCAACGUGUCCACAGCGGCAAGUGGAGGACAUGGAGGGAACACAGGCGGUAGCAAUGCCUCCGCAGCCCUUGCAGUUUCUGGUGCCGAUUCACAAGGUCUGCUCGACUAUGGUUCGGAUCAGGAUGAACUGCAGGAGAAUGCCUUCGAUUGUGCCCGUUGUGAGCCAUAUGCCAAUCGCAGCGAGUAUGACAUGUUUAGUUGGUUGGCCUCCAGACAUCGCAAGCAGCCUAUCCAGGUGUUUGUCCAGCCAUCAGAUAACGAACUGGUUCCUAGGAGAGGAACUGGUAGCAAUCUACCCAUGGCCAUGAAGUACCGCACGCUGAAGGAGACCUACAAGGAUUAUGUCGGAGUAUUUAGAUCACACAUCCACGGACGCGGCCUCUACUGCACUAAGGAUAUUGAAGCUGGUGAAAUGGUUAUUGAAUAUGCUGGAGAAUUGAUUCGCUCUACGCUGACAGACAAAAGGGAGCGUUACUACGACAGCCGAGGUAUCGGUUGCUAUAUGUUCAAGAUCGAUGAUAAUCUCGUGGUAGAUGCCACAAUGAGGGGCAAUGCGGCCCGCUUCAUUAAUCACUCUUGUGAGCCGAAUUGCUACUCGAAAGUGGUUGACAUUUUGGGACACAAACACAUCAUCAUCUUUGCGCUGCGACGAAUCGUGCAGGGUGAGGAGCUGACCUACGACUAUAAAUUCCCUUUCGAGGAGGAGAAGAUACCCUGCUCGUGCGGUUCUAAAAGGUGUCGGAAGUACUUAAAUUAGAAAGGGGAAAGGUCAUUGAUAGGGAUAAGAACCAGGAAAGACGCUGGGCGUCUAAAUUAAUCCGUAUACUCAAUAAUUAGGGUGGGUUUCUUCAAAAGAUCUUGCAGAUCAUUAAGGGUGGAAAGUGAUUAGAGGCACAUGAAUGCAAAAUUGACCUGGAUAUUUAUGUUUUCAAUAUCAUUGUUUACCGUUUGCCAAAAGAAAAUCAAUUAAAUGUACGUAUAAAGUAAAGCCAUAGUCCAAUUAAAUAAACUACCCUUACAGUUAUAGUGCAUAUGCUACAUCACUUCGAUGUUAUUCUACAUAUUAACUUGUUCUAAUUGGACUAAAGUAAACGAUUUUUAUUAUUAUAUCUUAUUUUCUUAAAAAUAUAAUGACCGAUCAAAUAUUGUCUUAGACCAACUAAGAGAAACAUAAAAAAGGCAAGUGGGAAAAUGAUAUUAGGAAAGUAGAACAGGCUCUUGUGCAAAAAUUAUUUUCUUUCCCUAUGUUUAAUGCAAAUAUCAAAGAACCCAAUUGUACACAGAAAAAAAAACCACACACCUGGAAUGAGAAUUGAAACACUUGUAGUUAACGGUUAUAUCGAUCUAUGUUUGGUCAAUCGUGAUACUUUUCGUUUUACAACCCCCAUACGUCUUAAGUAGUUUAUAUGUAAAAGUUAAACAGUUGAUAUUAUUAUAUAUCUUAUAUCUAAAGAACAUACACGGCACAUAUUAGGCAACGAAGCAAGUAAAAUCCGAGCAAUCGGAUUGCAUGAACAGAAACUCGACGAUGUCAGUAUUCAGGGGGGGAGGAGAAUUAAUUGUAUAUUAAAUAUGUUACGCAUUAGCUACCUAUCAUAUACGGCUAAUCCGUUAGCUAACUAGACUAAGGCUCCACAGAUUCUAUAAACAACAUACUUAUAACUAAGCUAAGCUGAUAAAUAUAUAUAUAACACUUGUUGGGCUUAGUCGAAUGACAGAUAAACGAUGGGAGACAUUAAAAACAAUUACUUACAGGGGCUUGUGUUAGAUUGUACAUAUAUAUAUAUAUUGCAUAUGAAUUAUAAAUAUCUAUAUUAUAUAUAACUACUGUAAUGAGAAAUUAACUAACCUUAAGUUACCAGAAUUGUGUAAGAAAAAACUAUUUUAUGUAGAGCUCUGCGUAUUUAUGUUUGUUAACAAUUAACCAAAACGAUUAAUUGAUUGAACUAAGAAUAAUAUCCGCAAACCAGAAAUGCUUAAAUAUCUAUAUAGAGAAAGAAACGAAGCAUCACCCUUGAAAUUAUUGUAUUGUGAACCAGGCAAACGCAAACACAACAACAACAACACCAACAAAUUCUAAUUGUAUGAAAUCCAUUGAUUGUAUAUUUAUUAUUUUAAAUUUAAGUUUUAAAACAUGUACAUUUUUGUGACCAUUUGUUUGCCUUGAUUUGGAGUCCAAGCAUAAUCAUAAUUUGUAACGCCUAAUUUUAGUUCAGCUCCCUUGUAUUCUAAUAGUUUAACGAUUGUUUCGCUUAAGACUAGCAUAAGUCCGCUCUGGUAUUUGUCCAAAAUUGUACACACACAAAAAACACAGCAGGCAGAUAUGUAUGUAUAUUCCUAUCGGGGCGAUCGGUCGGACUUGUACAGGCAAAGUUCCAUAGCAUUUUUUGGCAGCCAUUCAAGACGCGCGCACUUUUUGCACGCUGUCGAGGAAUUUUAUAUUUUUAUUCCCUAAAGAAAAAAGUUUAAUAAACUACAGAUUAAAAUUCAAA